AUGGGAAAACAAUGUCAGGGUCUCUCUCUUCCUGAUUUAGAACUACCAGGUGAACGAGUGCUUUGUUUUCAUGGACCUCUCCUUUAUGAAGCAAAGUGUGUAAAGGUUGCCAUAAAGGACAAGCAAGUGAAAUAUUUUAUCCAUUACAGUGGUUGGAAUAAAAACUGGGAUGAAUGGGUUCCAGAAAGCAGAGUGCUCAAAUACGUGGAUACCAAUUUGCAGAAACAAAAAGAACUUCAAAAGGCCAAUCAGGAACAAUAUGCAGAGGGGAAGAUGAGAGGUGCUGCUCCAGGCAAGAAGACUUCUGGUCUGCAGCAGAAAAAUGUUGAAGUAUUUUUCAGACGAGAUGGAGCGCAUACUGUUUGCUGUUUGGAGACCCCUACCAUAUCGACGCGGAAAACAAAAAAGAACAAACAGAAAACUCCAGGAAUUGGAGAAGGGAGCAGUACCAGUGAGACUCCGCAGCCUCCGAGGAAGAAGAGGGCUCGAGUAGAUCCGACGGUUGAAAGUGAAGAAACAUUUAUGAACAGAGUUGAAGUAAAGGUGAAAAUCCCAGAAGAGCUGAAACCGUGGCUGGUAGACGACUGGGACUUGAUCACCAGGCAGAAGCAGCUCUUCUACCUUCCUGCCAAGAAGAAUGUUGACUCCAUUUUAGAGGAUUAUGCAAACUACAAAAAAUCCCGAGGAAAUACUGAUAACAAGGAGUACGCAGUCAAUGAGGUCGUGGCUGGAAUUAAAGAAUACUUCAAUGUCAUGCUGGGAACUCAGCUACUGUACAAGUUUGAGAGGCCCCAAUAUGCUGAGAUUUUAGCAGAUCACCCGGAUGCUCCCAUGUCUCAAGUGUACGGUGCCCCACACCUGCUGAGGUUAUUUGUGCGCAUUGGAGCUAUGCUUGCUUACACUCCUCUGGAUGAGAAGAGCCUGGCUUUGCUGCUGAACUAUUUGCAUGACUUCUUGAAGUAUUUAGCAAAGAAUUCCUCCGCCCUGUUCAGUGCCAGCGACUAUGAAGUAGCCCCUCCCGAGUAUCAUCGGAAAGCGGUAUAA